GUCUGGCUCGACAGCGGGGCAUCGGGUCACCAGGUAUGACCGCGGGCACUGGGUCAUCAGGCAUUGGAUCGUCCGGCUCGACAGCGGGCAUCGGGUCACCAGGCAUGACAGUGGGCACCGGGUCAUCAAGUACCGGAUCGUCUGGCUCGACAGCGGGCACUGGGUCAUCAGGCGUGAUAGGAUCAUCAGGCUGGAUCAGUUCAUCAGGCUGGGUACAGACAUCAGGCUGGGUACAGACAUCAGGCUGAAGUGCGGGUGCUGAGGCACCAGGCUGAACCACGGAAGGCAGAGAAGAGCUGGAAGAUGGAACAGAGGAGGGAGCAGUUGCUACAG